AUGGCUAACCGCCGCCAGCCAAAGGACCAAUUGUGCCCAAUAUGCAACAAGAUGUUUAGCAUCCAAGGCAUUGCUCAACAUAUCCGAUCAUGUAGUGGCAAAACACCAAGUCUGGAUGCACAGAAUGCUUUUGGAGAUUUUGCAAAUAGGGUUUAUGAAAAUAACUCUCUACAUUAUACAUCAAUUUUAAAUGCUGCUAUUAGCCACUCUCCAGCUAUACCAAAUGAGGAUUCUACAACCGCUUCUUAUUCUGCUAUAGAUAUGGCUCAAAUGGAGACACAGGAUUCUCUAAAUGGUCAUCAUAUUUCCCUUUCAAUGGAGCCGGAAGAUUCAAUUGAGCCAGUCACAAAUCAAUCCUCUAUACUUCAAAUGCUUGAUGAAAUUUCAAAUAAUCAUUUGCCCCCACCGCUUCCACAUCAAAUCUGCAUUGAAUUUCAUCCAAGUGCAAAUAUGCCACCAAAAUUCAUUCCUACACACCAAUAUAAUCCAAAUUCCUAUCAAACGUCACCAACACCCCAUUCUACCAGUACCAACCCGUGGCAUCCAUUUAGGACACGUCUUGACUUCGAAGUGGCAGAACUUGCACUUAGCUCACAUAUGAAUAGGCAGCAAAAGCAGAUUUUAUUAACCCUUAUUGACAGAAUCAAAGAAAAGCCAGAGCAGUUUACAAUUGACAGUGUAUCAGAGCUUGAGAAGACCUGGGAGCUUGCUCGUAGCUACCGUUCAACUGGAUUCCAGAAAAAGGAAUAUCUUGUACCAUACCAAAAUGAUGAAAUUGGGUAUGAAGUGUAUAUCCGGCCACUAAUUGAGUGGUGCAAUAGUCUUCUUCAGAAUCCUUCUCUACUUUCACAGUUUCAUUGGAUUGCUGAAAGGCAUUAUAAACAAAAUGACGGUAAACGAGACCGGUUGAUUGGAGAACCAUGGACUGCAAAUGAAUGGUGGAGCAUCCAGAACCUUCUUCCCAAUGGUGCAUUACCAUUUUUUAUUAUCCUAUAUGCAGACAAAACUCGGCUAUCCACCUUUGGUACUGCAAAGGCAUAUCCAGUGCUUGCUCGCUGUGCAAAUCUUCCAGCAAAUCUUCGAAACAGUGAUGGUAUUGGUGGGGGAAUCCUAGUUGGAUGGCUGCCUAUUGUUGAUGAAGAUGCUGGCGAGUCAGGAAAGAAAAUUUUUGUAAACUUCAAGCGUAUUGUUUGGCACAAAGGAUUCCACGAAAUUCUUAAGUCCGUUCAAGAAUAUGCCACAACAGGAUACUAUGCACAGUGUGCAGACAACAUUCGGAUUAUGAAGAGCACUAAAGAUAAGGAGAAUUAUUUAAAAGAAUAUGGAUUACGAAAUGUAGAGAAUGUAUUUUGGAUGAUGAAUGGGAGUGAUGUAUAUAAAGCUCUUUCCUGGGAUCGACUACAUGCAUACCAUGGUGGACUAUUUUCUGAUCAUUUAUGGUCAGAAUUUAAGGCUAUUAUUGAUAGCUCUGGAAGGAAAGAUGCUGAGAUUAUUGACAAUCAAUUUGAUCAAAUUCCUCGAUGGAGUGGUCUUAAUCACUUUGCAUCUAUAAUUAAGACAGGAGAAUUUGCAGAUGGAACAAAAUAUGAAGAUAUAGCAAAGAUCAUUUGUUAUGCAUCUCAUAAUGUUCUAGAGAAGUCAGACCGUGGAUAUUGUCUGCUCAAGCUUAUGCGAAGCUUUGUAGAAUUGGAUAUGUAUUCAUCUUUGAUUAUUCAUAGCAGUACAACAUUACAUGGGUUACAAAAAGAACUUGCAAAGUUCUGUUCUAUUCUUGAGGAAUAUAUUCAACUCCAUCCAGACAAAAAUUGGAAUUUUCCUAAAAUCCAUUCACAUGUCCAUAUGAUUCAAGAUAUUGUUGCAAAAGGUGCAACUCGGAACUCUAAUACUAAACCCAAUGAAAAGGCACAUGGCUUGCUUAAGCUCUGGUACCGCUUUCACACCAAUUUCAAAGAUGUGGCGCCACAGGAAUGUGCUUUAAUUCAUAUAUUAAAAAUGAACCACGAUGAUCUUAUUGCAAUGAUUAUUCGCAUGGAUAUCAAUGCUAUUGAUGAUCUUGACAUGCCCAAAGAGGACGGCGAAGAAUCACUUAUAUCUACACCACAAGUUUCCAAUCUUGGAAAUUCAUUGGGUAACGGAUCAAGUAAUGAGAAAAGAGCUCAAAGUCACAUUUCAAUUGGGUCACUUCAAGCAAUAAUCACAUUUGCCGAUGUGGAAAAACAAUUCAAAGAGAACAUGGCAUUUGAACGCUUCCGGAUUAAAACAGGAAAAUACCUUGCAGCAGCUUCUGGAAGUACUAUCCGAUUAAAAGCCAAUCAUAAGAUUACACCAUUUGAGCUUGCAAGAAUUCAUUAUCAGUCGGAAAUUGAUUGGUCGGCUCAAAGAGAUAUGGUUCGAGUUAGCAAAAGUUUCCACAAGCGGCCACGAAAUGAUUACGUCCUUUUGGCACUUGAUCAUCAGAAGUACUGCUUUGCACAACUUCUGUUCAUGUUUAUUGUGUCAUUAGAUGACAAAACAGAGUGGCCGCUUGCUCUUAUUCUGCCACUUGAUGAACCGGUUGAUCAGCGCACAAAUUUGGCACGUAGGCGUGAUAAAGAUUUAGAGUUUCUCCGAGUACGAGCCCGAAGGCGAACAAACUCUGCAAUUAUUGACCUUGAUCCUUUACAUAGUGGGAAAAUGAUGUUAUAUCAAGGCUAUAGCACGGCGCUUAACAUGAGGAAAGGCUCCGUUGCAGGCGAGUCAUCCAUUUCAGGCGCGUCUUUUUUCCGUGGAGCAACAUUGGCCGAGCUUGAGCAAAAACAGAGGUGUCGGAUCCAGCAAGAUACCAUUUUUAAUCUGGAAUCAAAGGUCCGGGAGCUUAAAGAGGAAAACGCAAGUUUGAAAAUGCGCUUGAUCAACAAAAAAGGCGCUGUUCGACCUGCUGUCUCUGACACAUCGGAUUGCGCAGCCGAAAUAGCUCUCCGAAAGGACCUUAUUCGUCUUGCUAAAUAUCAUUUCAUUUUCUAUCGUAUUAUUGUUCCCAAGUCACUCUUUGGAAAUCCCAGGCCUUCGUUCAGCUCUAACAAUGCAUCUGCUCGGUACAAAGACGAGAAUACAUCCAAGCUUGGCAAUAUUGCGGAAUUGUACGAAUGCUUUCCAGCAAAGUACCAUUCAAUUAUCAGUGAGAAUGUGGAGAUGGCAGUUAAUGUGUUCGUUAAAGGCUUGUCGGAAGGCCGUUCAACAAUACUAAAUAAGAUUCGGACCUCUGCGCCUUCUAUUUUCCCAAACAUUCCAUCUGAGCUGUUCACCUCACCAUUGUCUUUUGGCCUAAGCUCCCAUGCGGUUGUGCAAACAUUGCUUGGUGCAUCGGACCGUGUAAAAGUGAUGACCGGAACGAAGGAAAUCUGGAAGCUCAUUUAUCCCAAUGACACUGCGCACACAUUUCCCCCAGUUUUAUUUGCAGAUUCUGACACCAACAACGCUUUGGGACUUUUUAAAAGUGAUUUUCUUUUGAAGACGGCAAGAAUCAUUCUUCUAGGGCCAUCGGCCUUAAAGGCGGAGAUUAUGCCUCGAACACGGGAAGAUAGUCCAAGCGCCCAUAUUGAUAGUCGUAUGAAUUGUACAACACCAGGCUUGAUAGCUGCGUCUGCAACAGCGACUAUAUACAUCUUAUCCGACGACCGUGAAUUUACCAGUAGUGGUGUAGGACCAACAACAGGGAGGCUUUAUCUUGCUCAACACGAUAUGUACAAGCAUUAUCUCAUUACACAGCAGUCAUCACUCGCUUCACUGUUCAAAUAUUGGGAUAAUAUUCUCUUUCCACACCAAAAACCCAUUAUUCCUACUUCUAUUACACAGCAGCCUACGGAAAUCCUUACAUCAAGCCAUUCCAGGAUGUCGGAUUCCGAGUCAAGUCCAUCUCCGCAUCCGGUUUAUCAGAUGAUUGCCAACUUUAGUCGACAAACAACCAUAACUCCUAGUUCAACAACUUCUAUUCCGGGUCCUAUCGUUAAUGUGGAAGACCGUGACACCGACUCUGAUGUAGAAGACUUUGCGCCGCCACUACAAAGCACUCGGAACCUGCCAUCUAAUACUCAGGAUAUUACUGAAGAUAGAUCUGAUACUGACGAAGAACCGACUCCGGCAGCCUUUGAGUCUGCACUCCAUGUUACAAAUACCACGGUCAAUGCUCCACUCCCAGUAUUUCUCCCAGUUCCGAAGACUCAGACUCCGACAAGCCCUCCCCUUUCUUCCAAUACAGUCUCUGUUCCUAAUGCUUCCACAAGCAUUUCUCCACUUGAAGCACCAGUAAUCAAGCCAAAACGUGGUCGAAAGAAGGGGUUGGCCCCUGUGCAGCCUGACGCAACUGUUGUAGCCAAAACACGGAGCACACGCUCUAGUAAGCGUGCUAAUAUUACACCAUUAUAG